AAGUACUGAAGCUAAACCCUGAAUUCUUAGUUCACAAGGUUACUCCUAAAUCUGCUACUUGUAAACUGAUUUUCAAAUAGCAUUUUGGAAUACAGACUAUAAGAAAAAGUGUUGGUGUUUCUUGAAACAUGUUUGGGAUGACGGAAAUGUGGACUUCUAAAAACUCUUCGGGAAGAUCUUGGUUAGAAUAUGUUCAUAGUGAUAAUAUGAUUUUCCUAACAAAUUCCAGAUCAAGUAUAUUUUAAGGUAUCUCUAACAGUAUAAUAGCAAGUACCUCAGGAGCGUAAGCUAUGAUGAAUUUAGGCUCAAACUGGAUGUAUGAAUAUAGUUGUUUGCAUUUCACAAUUUUUCUAAGUGGCAACCCUUUGAGACACAACUGGGCCAUAUAGAGAAAUUGUAUCAGAAACCAUCUCAAUCUAUUUAUGUUCUAUCUUUUGCUAGAAAGGUCCCUAAGUAUCCUAUCCAGCAGGGGCGGGUUCCAAAUCCCAUUGGUACAGAUUCGCUCAGGCAUGUGUGUGGCACUUCUGCGCAUGCGCAGAAGUGUCUGGGUGGGUGGGCGGAGCCUCCCACCGCCACUGCUACCAAUUUGCCAGAUUUGGUGCAAACCGAUAGCAAUCCACCACUGCUAUCCAGGCACUAGACAUAUUUGGUCUUAUUUAUUUUCAGUAAGGAACUGUAUUAUAUUCCCUUAUACCAUGCCCUAUAUGUCAGUUUCAUAGCAGUGGAAUAAAUGGGAUACCUCUCUGCAGGAGCAGUCUUUCCGGAUCAUCUCAAAUCAUCUGAACAAAUUUUCUCUAUCAGAGUGCAGAAUAAUACAGAAUGUUAACUUGAAAAGUGUUUUUUUAUCCCUGGCAUUAUUUCUAUAAAAGUGUGGUUGCUUCAAGCACUGCAUCAAUAAUUGAUAAUUAACAAUCUGACCAUAAGAAUUCUUAAUAUGUGAUAGGUACUUCAAAAGCUUCUGAAGCUUACUAAAUUAAAUUCUACCUGGCAGAUUUCCUCUCUUGCUUUGUGUUCUAAGCCCCUCAACAACAACCCAGAACUAAUCCACUACUUGCUAGGUCCCCUGUUUUUAAACUUAUGGGGGGAUGGUUCAUCUUGACAGGUGGUAAUUUAUGGAUUGAGAGUAGUUAUAACUUUAAUUAAAUUCAUAGAUGGAAUUUGUGAUCAAUCAUGUGACAAUCCCCAUAGAAGAUGAGGAUGAUGAACUAUCCUGCCUAAAGCAUCCCUUAGAAAGAUUGGGACUGCUUCAUCAUAAAAUAUCUUUCCCCCGCAGGGAGACAGAAGGAGUACCUAGUACAGCAAUCAGAGAAAUCUCAUUGUUAAAAGAACUGAAACAUCCAAAUAUAGUGAGGCUCCUUGAUGUAGUACAUAAUCAGAAGAAGCUAUACUUAGUCUUUGAAUAUUUGAAUCAAGAUCUUAAAAAGUACAUGGACUCAUCUCGUACAGGAGAGCUUCCUCUAAGCUUAGUCAAGGUGGUAACCUUAUGGUAUCGGGCUCCUGAAAUUUUACUGGGUUGUAAAUAUUACUCGACAGCUGUGGAUAUAUGGAGCAUUGGCUGUAUCUUUGCAGAAAUGGUGACUAGAAAAGCCUUGUUUCCUGGAGACUCUGAAAUUGACCAAUUAUUCCGGAUUUUCCGCACACUUGGUACUCCUACUGAACCACUGUGGCCAGGAGUCACAAAUCUUCCUGACUAUAAAGGAAAUUUCCCCAAAUGGCCAAGGAAAGAUAUGAAGGUGAUAAUUCCAAACUUGGAUCAAGAUGGACGAGACUUACUGCUGCAACUACUAAUGUAUGAUCCCAACAAGCGAAUCUCAGCCAAAGCUGCUUUGAACCACCAGUAUUUCUGGCAAGCUCCACGGGAUGCUAAACAGUGUGUGGUAGAACAGUAUGGGCCAUGAGAUUAAGAAGUUCUGGUUAAUGCUUUGCUGGAAAUAGCUACUGGAUCAUCUCAUUCUAAACAACAUAGCAAAGGAGCAGCUGUAACCGCCAUUAAAAAUGUUCUUGGCCUUUUGCCCAGUUUAAUAUUCAUGCAAACAUUUUGACAAUUGUAAAUGGUACAGAUCCUUGUAAGGACUGAUAGUUCUUCUUUAACAGAGGUGAAAAAGCUUGAUACUUUUAGUAUAUGAAAAGGAAUAAUACAACAUGCUAUCAGAGAAGUGGAAAGAGAAAAAAGUUUAACUAAAUCCAGUUUCUGUAAUAUCUUAUUCACUCUUUGCUGCAGUUCAUUACAAGAUAUUGUUAUUAUUAUUUAGAUUAGGCUAGCACAUCCUACAGUAGCCUAGGCACUGAUGUUGUUUUUUCUUUUUUUUAAUAUGAAUUCAUGCUGUAUUUCACAACACUAUUGAAAACUAACCAUGCCAAAAAAAAGUGUGUGUUUGUGUGUGUGUGUGUGUGUGGAGGAACUAGAUAUUACAGAGACACACAGAAAUAUUCUUGAGUUUCCUUCUAUAUGUAUCCAUCAUAAAAAACAAGAAAUUUCUAGACUAUUAAAUAAUUAAGAGGCUUCUUUAGCUGCAGUUUGGGUUUUCAGAAAUAUUAUAGUUUCUAAUUCAAUAAAAAUAUCAAAAUCUGAUAAUCAAUAUCAACCAAGACCUGAAUUAGAUAGUGUGGGACAUAAAAUAAAUGAAUAAAUAAAUACUUGGAAAAUUCUAUUUGUUGAUCUUAGCCAAAUAUACUGGUUGAAGGUGGAGACCUUGAAAUCUCUGGAUUCUGAUGGAAACUUGACAGUGCACAGAUGGAAAGAGGGAAACUUUACACUGAUUCAGGUUUCUUUUUGUGGUCCCAUGUGCCCACUGAAAAUGUACUCUAAAGAGCAGUGUAGGAAAUUACAGUAUACAAAGAAAAUCUGGAAGAAGUCAGUGAGAAGUCCUUGUUCCAUUAUGCAAAUAUUGUAUUAUUAUUAUUUUUUUGCAUUUGUAGAAAGGCAACCUAGCAUCCAAUAGUAGUUCUUUUUGAUGGAUUUAUUUUUAAAAUGGCUGUUAAUACUUAAGGAAUUUGAUCAUUAAUUGUUGAUGUUGAUGUUAAUAUUCCUGUUUGCAUAAAUAAAAACAUGCAUCAGUAACUUUCGCAUUAAGGAGUUUUGAGGGUUGUAAAACUGUCAAAAAUAGAAUUUGAAGACAAUUAUAAUCAAUAUCCCUAUUUUGAAUGUACUAUUAUAUACCAUAACAAAGCAGUGGAAACUUCACAGCAAGGUAUCUAGUUAUCAUUUUAAAACUAGGUUCUAGCCCUGUUGCCCAGGUAAAUGGCAGUAUCUAGCCAUGUAUAACUAAUCUCAAAGGCAGUGGUGGGAUUCAGCCAGUUCGCACCACUUUGGGAGAACCAGUUGUUAACUUGCUGAGCAGUUUGGUGAACUGGUUGUUGGAAUAAAUCAUUAGGGCAGAGAACCGGUUGUUAAAUUAUUUGAAUCCCACUGCUGCUCAAAGGGAUAAGUAAGGUCAGAACUAGUUAGCACUUAAGAAGGGAAACCACUAUGAUAUACUGACCUAUAGACUAGAGACUGCAAAGAAAAAAAAGUCUUAAAAGAAGAAUAUGGCAAAGCACUUUGUUGCCAAGAAAAAUAUAUACACGUA